AUGGCCACAGCUAGAAAAGAAUAUGAGUUAUUCGUGAUGGGCAACCCACUAUUAGAUAUUCAGGUAAAUGCAGAUAAGACCUUACUAGAGAAAUAUGGGCUUAAAGCAAACGACUCUAUUCUGGCCGAAGAAAAGCAUAAACCGUUAUAUGAGGAAAUUGUUAAAAAUUACGAGCCCGUAUACGUGGCUGGUGGUGCAGCCCAGAAUACUGCACGUGGUGCUCAGUAUCUUUUACCACCGAAAUCUACCAUAUACGUUGGUUGUAUUGGCAAUGAUCAUUUUGGCAAACAAUUACGACGUGCAGCCGAGAAAGACGGGUUACGUGUUGAAUAUAUGGUAGUGGAUGAGGUUGCUACGGGAACUUGUGCUGUAAUCAUCACCGAUCAUCAUAGAUCACUGGUGGCUAAUCUUUCUGCUGCCGAAAAAUAUCAAUUGGACGAUUUAAAAUCUGUGAAAUGGAAGCAUGUAGAGAAUGCCGAAUUCUUUUAUAUUAGUGGCUUCUUUUUGACCGUUUCCGUACCUUCGAUACUGGAGGUUGCUAAGCAUGCUGCAGAGAAGAAUAAAGUAUUUGUCAUGAAUCUCUCGGCUCCUUUCUUGGCUCAAUUUUUCACAAAGGCUCUGGAUGAGGUGUCCCCAUAUUGGGACCUCAUAUUCGGUAAUGAAACUGAAGCCGAUGCUUUUGCGAAAGCACAUGAGUGGGCGCAUACAGAUAUCAAACAGAUUGCACUUAGUAUAGCUCAACUACCGAAAGUCAACACGAAACGCCCACGAAUCGCAGUGAUUACGCAAGGCUCACAGCCUACAAUUGUAGCAUAUCAAGAUGGUACUAUAAAAGAAUACCCUGUUAUCGCUAUCGCGGAAGACGACAUCGUCGAUACAAAUGGAGCUGGUGAUGCUUUCGUUGGUGGGUUCCUGAGUCAGUACGUCCAAGGAAAAUCUGUAGAGGAGUCGAUCGCCGCUGCGAAUUGGCUUGCAAAUAUUAACAUUAAACUAGUAGGUCCUACCUAUCCUGCAGAGAAAAUUCCGUUCGUUCCUAAAUAA